GUGAAAAUGAAGAUAACCAAAACGAGUUUAUUUCUGAUUUUGCUUAUAUUGAGUUUCGUCUUCACUUGUAUUUUGAUUCUGAUUCAGAAAAAUGAUGUUUUUCCUAUUAUAUAUAAUUCAUAUGGAUGUUCAAUACCAAUGUUGGAUCCCUUCGAUAGAUCACUUCGUGCUUUUUUACCCAAAGCAAAACCGCUAGUAUGUAAAUCGAUCGUGUUUCUUAUAUAUCAGUUGGAUAAUAAUACUUUAGCAUUUAAUCAAAGUGCAUUUCGUAUCGCAAAUGUCACACAAUCUAGUUUGCGGUGCUACUAUCAAACAAUAAUACGCUAUGACGGUGAUAGGGGUGUCAGAAUGAACAACACAAUUCCGUUGGAGUUACCAGCAACGCUGCCGUAUGAUUUCUACCAGGUUACCUGCCGCAACAGCUCGGAGGCAAUUAUUUACAAGAAUUUAUUCUCCAAUAUUUCACCAACGUCCGUUCAUCGCGACAACCCAGUCGAAGAGGAAUCACCACAACACUUGAGCGUCAUCUUGUUCGCUAUUGAUUCAGCAUCGAGGUCAUCUGCCAUUCGCAGACUCCCUAAAACAAUGGAUAUUCUGAGAAAUUUGCAAGCCUACGACUUCAAAGGACAUACAAAAGUUGGAGAAAACACCUUUCCAAACAUAAUACCACUCCUCACGGGGUUGAAUGUGUCUGAAUUACAUUUACCAAGAAGGCAGUACAUGGACAAAAUACCCUUUCUGUGGAAUAAUUAUUCUAAAAAUGGCUAUACAACGUUUUAUGCUGAAGAUACGCCUACCUGGGAUACAUUUAAUUUCAAUAAAAGAGGAUUCCAGAUUCCUCCCACUGACCAUUACAUGAGACCAUAUCAACUUGCCCUGUGGAACGUCCAGAAAAUGGACUACCCAUAUAUUAGCAAUUAUUGUUAUAAUGGUAUGUCAAGGCAUUCACUACAAAUCAAUUAUCUCAAGCAGUUUUUGGAUCUAUAUAAAAGGAAGCGUCGUUUUGCCUUGUCCUUGAUCAACGUUUUAUGCCACAAUACCGAGAAAAAUCUUCAAUUUGGCGAUGACGAUCUGCGCGACUUUGUACAGUGGAUGGAUAAUGAAGGACAUCUAAAAAAUACUGUUUUCAUUAUCUUUGGAGACCACGGAAAUAGAAUCAGUGGUAUAAGACGCACACCCAUCGGCUAUUUAGAAGAUCGCAUGCCAUUGCUGCAAAUGAUUAUACCAGAACAACUCAAAGCAAGACAUGCGACGGUACAUGAGUCAUUGCUUGUGAAUACCAACAGAUUAACAACCCAUUUUGACCUUCAUCAAACAAUAGUUGACGUUUUGAAGCAGAGUUUUUCAGAACCAUCUAUUGCUUAUCGCGAAGGCAAAGUUCGCGGGAUAAGUCUCUUCAAGACGAUUCCCUUAGCAAGAACUUGUAGAGAUGCAUGCAUCCCAGAUACCUAUUGCGUCUGUGACCAAACAAUUGAGGAACCAACAUCUCACGCUUUAGCAAAAACAAUGUCAGAAACAGGCGUACAAAUGUUAAAUCACAUCAUGUUCUCAGAAGAUCGAUGCGCUAAACUAACAUUCCAUAAAACUACUUCUGUUCGAAGGUAUUUAAGGACAUUCCAAGAAACAGGUAUCAUACAAACGGCUGUGUCUCUCUUUCGGAAUGCCGACGUUUUGGACAGAUACAUAGUGCAAUUUCAAACAAUACCAGGGUUUGGUAUUUUCGAAGCAACUAUUGGCGUUUAUUUAGAUGGAGGUAUACGUGUUGAGGGUGACAUAGACCGAGUGAAUAAAUACGGGAACCAGUCAGCAUGUAUACAAGAUGGUGCAUUGUUAAGAGCGUACUGUUAUUGCGUGAAGAAACAUCGUGUCAAUUGAUAAAACAAGCAAUUAAGUUACAAUUAAACAAACAUAUAACUAUAUGCAAUAAUUAUUCAGUUUUUUUGUUAUUCUAAGGCUCUUCAACAAGUGGUGAGUGUAGCAUAUUUUAAAGAGUAAUUUCAUCAUUGAACAUAUGUAAAGAUCAAUACGCAAAAUGGCUUUGACAUUUUAAGAGAAAAAAGGUCAACAAAUUGGUAUGGCAUAUUUGUAUUGUUGUUUGUUUGUUGCCGUGUUAUUUUUUACUUUUUUUCUCAUCAUAAGUAACACAAAUACAAAUAUGUUUCUCACAAUAUGUCGAUUAUCAAAAGGAUUACUGGCCGGUAUGUUCUUCUUUUAGCAUGUGAUCUAUAAGGAACGAAUAAAUGAAACUCGCUUGAAGUAGAUACAAGUACGGGUGUAUUACUUGAUACUGUCCAGCGAGACCUCCUUGUAGGAAGUGCCUUAUUUCAUAUUGGCUUCGAAUAGUCAGCUUGAUGUUAAACGCACACAAAAAGACAAUCCUUGAUAAACAUACCUAGUUUUUAUGUAGUAUAUAUUCACUUUGUGGUGGAGUUUUGUGCUGUUGUUCCAUGUUUCCUGUUUGUGAUUUUUUGUUUUUGUGUUCUAUGUCUUUGGCCUUUACCCUGUGUCAUUAAACGGGGUUUGUUUUUAAAUUUGUGGCUGAGCUUGUUUCUGUAGUUUGUCAUAUAAAUAUUGAAGUGUUUUAGUUUUAAUAUUGUUAAAGCAUUGAUAGAGUUAUGGUAAAUCAUAUGAUGGGCGAAGGUUCCACUUAAAUAAAUAAAUU